AUGAUCAAUAUUCUGUCUGCUUGGACUUUGCUUGGAUUUAUAGCAGUAAAUAUUUUAUUUCUUGAUCGUGUCAAAUGCCUUGUCAAUUGGAACGGAAAUGAUUGGGCCAUGUCAUGUGAUUUUCGUGGAAAUGAUCUGUCUGACGUCCGAACUUCAUCAGAACUGUGUGGUGGAAAAUGUGCUCAAACUCAAGGAUGUACCCAUUUUACGUGGACUUCAUAUAACGGUGGUACUUGUUGGAUGAAAUCAGGCACGGUUUCCAAAAGCGAUGCCUUCUCAACCAAUGAUCCAACUAUGGUCUGUGGUGUAAGAAAUGGUGGCCAACAGGAUGUUGUCAAUUGGAACGGAAAUAAUUGGGCCACGUCGUGUGAUUUUCGUGGAAAUGAUCUAUCUAACGUUCGAAUUUCAUCAGAACUAUGUGGCGGGAAAUGUGCUCAAACUCAAGGAUGUACCCAUUUUACGUGGACUUCAUAUAACGGUGGUACUUGUUGGAUGAAAUCGGGCACGGUUUCCAAAAGCGAUGCCUUCUCAACCAGUGAUUCAGCUAUGAUCUGUGGUGUACUAGGUGACGUCAAUACCGGAUGGGUUCGCGUAUGGGAAGAUAAUUUUGACGGGAAUGGUGGAGUCGAUCUUAAUAAAUGGGACUUUGAUGUCGGUGGAAGUGGUUGGGGCAACAAUGAGCAACAAUAUUACACAUAUAAUCGAUGGGAAAAUGCGCGUUGUGAACUAUUUCCAGGCAGUACCAAUGGUCGUCUCAUUGUUGAGGCACGUCGGGAAAACAUGGCAAAUAGUCAGUAUACUUCGGCUCGUCUUCGAAGCAAAGCUACAUGGGUAUAUGGCCGUUUACAAAUUCGUGCAAAAUUACCUGAUGGUCGUGGUCUAUGGCCAGCUCUUUGGAUGUUACCGGAAAAGCAAACAUACAGUAAUACCUAUUGGCCAGAUAAUGGUGAAAUCGAUUUGAUGGAACAAGUUGGUUAUGAUCCAUUGAGUAUCGUUUCAACUGUACACACACAAGCAUAUAAUCAUAUGAAAGGCAACCAACCAACAAAUUCCAUAACUGUCAAGGAUGCUGUUUCAAAUUUUAAAAUUUACACACUCGAUUGGAAUGUCAAUAAAAUUGAAAUGUUCGUUGGAGAUGAUGCAAAUCCAUUCGCUAAUAGUAUCUUAGUUUGGAAUAAACAAGGCGAUUGGACACAAUGGCCAUUUGAUAAACCAUUUUUUGUUCUUAUCAAUAUUGCUGUGGGUGGUAGUUGGUGA